CAAACCAACCCAAAACGUGUGGCAAUUUGGGCGGAGUAAAACAGAAGCAAAGCAGAUGAAAGACUGGUCUGUGACUCAAUGGCCGCUACUCUGUCCCUAAAAUGUUCGGCACCACAAUUCAUACCAUCUAAGGUUACCAAAUCAUCGCAAUCACUACCAAGUAAGCCAGUAGACACCUUAGCUGUGCACAACAAUCACGAUGGUGGCUUGGGAAGCUUAAAGCCCAUUAUCGUCAAUGGCGAUCCGCCUACUUUCGUCUCUGCUCCUGGUCGCAGAAUUAUCGCCGUCGGGGAUUUGCAUGGAGAUAUUGAUAAGGCGAGGCGUGCAUUCCAUAUUGCCGGUAUUUUGAGUUCUGAUGGUCAGGACUCGUGGAUCGGUGGAGAAACAGUGUUAGUUCAGCUUGGAGAUAUACUUGAUCGUGGAGAAGAUGAACUGGCGAUCUUUUCCUUGUUGAAGUCAUUGAGUUUUCAAGCAAAAGCCCAUGGUGGAGCUGUUUUCCAGCUCAUUGGAAAUCAUGAAACCAUGAAUGUAGAAGGGGAUUUCAGAUUUGCCGAUCCUGGAGCAUUCGACGAGUGUACAUACUUCCUUGAAUACUUGAAAAGACAUGGACAUGACUGGCAAAAAGCUUUCCCUGGUUGGUUUUCUGAGCGUGAUAGGUGGAAGCGGGAAAGGAAGAUGUCUCAAAGUUUUUGGGAUCGCUCCAAAUUUGGCCAGCGGCGGAAAGGUGUAACUGCACGGUCAAUCCUCUUAAGGCCUGGUGGUCCAUUAGCCACUGAGUUAUCAAGCCAUGGUGUGAUUCUUAAGGUCAACGACUGGCUCUUCUGCCAUGGUGGCACUCAUCCUCAUCAUGUUGCAUAUGGCAUAGAGAGAAUUAAUAAAGAAGUUUGUCAUUGGAUGAGAGGUCUUAUGGAUGGAAAAGAUCGUCCAAAGAUUCCUUUUAUAGCUACUAGUGGCUAUGACAGUGUUGUAUGGAGCCGAUUGUACUCCAAGGACGACUCAUGUUUAGAAAACUAUGAGAUGAGCGAGAUCCAAUCUAUUCUUGACGAGACACUUGCGGCAAUAGGUGCUAGAGCAAUGGUUGUAGGUCAUACGCCGCAACCUAUGGGAGCAAAUUGCAAAUAUAAUUGCCGCAUAUGGUGCAUUGAUGUCGGAAUGUCAAGUGGAGUUCUUAACUCAAUGCCUGAGGUGCUUGAGAUAAGGGAUGAUAAAGCAACUGUGUUAAGAAGCAAAAGCGAUUCUUUCCGUGAAAUUCAGGCCAUUGAUUACAUGUAGAUAGAUGUGGACCCAAAACACAAAAGGUACAGGUUUCAGCCAUAACAACUAGAGGAUAGAUGGGGAUUCUUAAGCAUAGGGGAUAAGAAAUUGCCCUUCAGCAAAUUCAGAGCUGGAGAAGUGGAUAGGACUAUAGGAGUGCCGUCUUGUAUAAUUAUCACAUUCUUGUAAUGAACAUGUAUGUAUUCGUUCACUCUGCAAAAUAUACCAGUCUUUUUAAGGGGAUCAACAGUCGUUCAAAUGUGCCCCCCCUCAAACAAAAUGCCGCUGCUUUCCGUUCCUCCAAAAAUGCCGCUGCUUUCCGUUCCUCCAAAAAUGUCGCUG